AUGAAUUCAGAAUUGGGAUCCAUCACAGAACGUGCUCCAUUAAAAACAUAACCAACUCUCCCAAAAUAAUAGCUAAGGCCAGCAUUCUUAAAGACUGUUAAUUUGAAAACAAUACACACUAAUAGAAUGAACUCAUUUCAAAAUAGAAUCUGGAGAGAUAGAGCACUAUUAGUACUAAUCUAAGUACUUCGCUUUAUAUCUCUCAUAACUCGUAGUCCCUUUGCAUCAAAAUUCUCUUUAAUAGAUAGAAAUAUGUUUAGAAUAAUUGGGGAUAAGGCAGCUGAUUUUAAUUAUUACUUGCUCCAUGAUUAUUUUAAAUAUAUGGUAAUAUAUCAACCUAAUCUAGAAACCCGAAUAAUCCUCUCGCGUUAAAUAUUUCUUAUAAUAGAAACUAUAUAAGAUUUGUUACAUGAAAGGAUUCAUGGAUUAUGUGACCAAUUUGAGGCUCAUCUUUGAACCAGAGUCAAUAUUACUGUUGCUAUGGAAUAUUCUUUAACUCAUAAAUAUCAAUUUAAACAUACUGUAUAUAACAGUUAAAUUUUCUUUUGAUUUUGAAAACUACCCACCUGAAAGUUAUGAAUUUUGCGAAAUUUAUCUAUUUAAAGUCCCAUAUUUUUUAUAUUUGAUAGACAUAAUUGUUUAACUUAACACUUGCUAUUAUGAAGCAGGCUAUCUAGUGAGAGAUAGAAAUAAGAUUUGGUACAACUUUUACAAAAAUAGUAUUUUUCUACUUUUAAACAUUUUAGAUUUUUUUAAUAAUUUGUUUAUAUUGGUACCUACCUCCAUUUACUUUUUAGCCUUCUAAGAUUCCCCACUUUAUUUAUUUAUGCUUUUAAAAUGUCUAUCAAUACCAGCAAUAACUGAAGCUAUCAUAGAUAGAGUAGAGCUUACAACAAAUUAUUGGAUAAUUUAUGAUUUAAUACGUUUGAUUUACGUAAUACUUUAUGAGUCACAUAUUUGUUGUUGUGGAUUAUUCUAUGUUGGACUUUUAAAUAAGGAAUCAUCUUGGUUAUUGUAAAAUGAUUUAAUUAAUGAAACUUGGAUUAUAAAAUAUGUAAUUAUAUAUUUUAUCAUAGCUCAGUUCAUUUUAUUGGAGUAUAAUUACUAUGACUACAAUAGGCUAUGGUGAUAUUACACCUUAGAAUUUAUUUGAGAAAUCUUUUUUAAUAUUUAUUGCAAUUUUUUCAUGUUGUACAUUUGGUUAUUCAAUUAAUUGUAUUGGUUAAAUAAUUGGGUAAUUACAAUCAAAAAAUCAUUAAAUUCGAGUUGAUUUGAAUGAUUUAAAAUAAUAUCUAAGAGUUAGGGGAUACAAUAAUAAAUUGUAGAUAAAAAUUCUUAGAUUCUUUGAAUAUCUAUGGAAGGAUUAAAGAAAUGAAAAUCAAUUAGAUUUAAAUAAAUUUAAUUAGUAGUUACCAUCUCAUUUACAUAGUGUAAGAUAAAUAAUAUUAUAGGAAAUGAUGAUAGAUUUAAAUAUGAAGAGUAUUUCGAAGAUUCCUUUCUUUAAAGAAAAUUUUAAUGAGGAUUUUAUAUCUGCUUUAGCAUCUAAAUUUAUUGAAGAAAAGUUAGUUCCAUUUAAUACAAUAUUUUCAAAGAAUGAUCCUAGUAAUUUUUUAUACAUUUUAUGUGAUGGUGAAAUUGAAUAUUUUGUAGAAAUUCCAGAGGGUUCUGCUACUAUUUUAAGUAUUUAGACUAUAACUGGAUAAGAUGAAAUAUUUGGUUAAUAAGAAUUUCUCUUAGAUUAAAACUAUGAAAUUAGUUGUAGAUCAACAAAAUCAUCAAGAAUAUUAAAAAUAUCUAAAACUGAUUUCAAUAUAAUAGCAAAGAAAUUUGGAUAUGUAUUUUACAUUAUUAAUCAUAGGAAAAAUAUUGUUAAUUGAAAGAUUUAGUUAAAUUCUCAGGUCGAUUUGAUGAAUUUCAUUUACAUUGUGUUGGUUGUAAUAAAUCCACACAUAUGCUAUAUUAAUGUCCAAUGCUAACUGGUUUUCCUAAUAAAACAAAGAUAAUCAUUUAAUAUCGUAAGAAUCAAUUGCAAGAAAGGAAAUUCCAUACAAGAAAUAACUUAAAAAGAAGAUUAUCAUCACUAAUUUUUGAGGCAUAGAUUUCUGAUACAGUACUCUACUAUUUAUUGAAAGAUCCUAAACUAUCCUUAUAAAUUAGUUCUUAAUAUUAUAUUUAAACCUUAAAAUAGUAGUAGAUAUAAAAAGAGUUUUCAAAUAAUAAUCUUAAUGGACAUAAAUAAAUUUAAGAUGAAAUAAGAUAAACAACAAGAAAACCAUCAAUUUUAAAUAUUAAAGGCAGAAAGCAAUCCUAAUAUAUUAAAAGAUUACCUGAUUUUCUAAAUGGUUAGUAUAUUAAUUUUAAAUCAAUGCCUGAAGAUAAAAUUAAAAAAGGAGUAGAAAAUGUUUCUAAAAAUGUAUCUGCAUAACACUCAGAGACUCCUAGUCCUGAAAGAAAACAAAAUACGAAAAUGAAAACUCAAGAGGAAAUUAAUAUCUUUGAAUAACAUAGAAUAUCUGCAGAUAUUGCUAAGACUUUGUCUUUCAAAUCUAUGAAUUAAACAUCUUAAGAUUAAGAUUAAUUAAAUUCAGAUACGGAUAGUGUAAAGGAGAAUUCUUAAUUAUCAUAAUAGAAUUCUUCUAUGUCAUAAACAAGUAGUGAAUCUCCUUCAAAAAACUCGAAAGAUGUUAGUCCUGGGAUUGAUUAAAUCACACAGUUUUAUAUGGGUACAUACAAAGAUAUUUUUGAAAAAUUUGACAAAUUUUAAGAUUUUUAAAAUUACAUGACACAUAUGAAUUCUUCUAGAAUUCUUGAACAACUCAAUUAAUUCAAAGAGACAUAGAAUUUUACUGAUUUUAUGAAUGUUAACUUUGUGAGAAAGCGUAGAUCAAAACGUAGUAAAUUAGUAAUAAAAAUUGAUUAUUGA